AGGAAAACGAGCUAAUACUCAAAACAAAAAACAAAUUAAACCUUUCAGACAACAAUCAUUCAUGGCUUACACUACCAAGAAUCCGGCAGCAGCUGCGGUCGUGACAGCGGUGCUAGUUUUAGCGGUUAUGAUGGCUCCCCGUUGGACGGAGGCACAGCUGGAUGCUGCAGUGUGCACGGUGUUGAUUGCUGACAUCACCACAGAAUGCUACUUAACCGGGACUGUGACGCCAUCUGCAGAAUGCUGCAGCGAUCUCAAAUCGGCGACUGAUAGGCAAGUAACUUGUCUCUGCGACAAUGUCAUUGCACAUCCUUCUGCAAACAACGUCACACAAGCUGUCUUGGAGCUAUACCACAACGAGUGUGGCGUUGCUGAUAAAUUCGCCUGCAAAGGAAAGCCCAGUGGAGGAGCAACGAACAAGAUCAGUGCAUCAGUUGGUCUACUUGGUUUGGCUGCAAGUCUGUUCUUUAAUUAAUUGAAGCUUUGCCCUAUUUAAUAUUAUGCAACUCUUAUUCUUUCUUGUAUUGUUGUCUUUGUUUGUUUUUUAUUUUUUGAAUCUGACAAGUCGAAAACCAAUAUAAACAUCUAGUUGAUUAUUGCAUUUGUAACAAGCUUGUGGUAAAUGAUUGUAUUGUAAGUCCUCUGCUUCUGAAAAUUAUUGGAUUAUUC